GACCGCAGGCUGACGUUCCACAUCGCCGCUUCGUUUUCGUGCUUCCUGGCGAUUACGCUCCGCCGCACUUACAAAGCAGCAAGCGUCAAAUUGUAGGAGAAACGCGUGUUCGGUUUUCUUCCUUCGUCGACUUACACCCCAGCAGAAUAUAUAUUUGUGCUCCCUUCUCGGAGAAAAAGGCUGAAAGCGUUCCUCUUUAUUUAUUUAUUUAAAGCUCUUCACAAUGCAGCGUUAUUUGAUGAAUACGUCGUACCUACAGGGACAACUCAAGUCCCUGUACGCGCUGCACAACAAGACUGUCAGCGACUACGGCGAGCUCGUGGAGAACCUCAACAAAGAGUGCACCGUCCUGUGUGACGUCAUCCCCGGCUACCGCAUCUCCAGCACGCUCGAGACGGAAGAUGGCAACAAUCAGCGUAAGCAAAAGGAGGUAUACAACGUGCAGAAGCUCGAGCACGAAAUCCUGACGCAGUACACCCACUUCCUGCAGCUCCUGCGCAAGCUGUCGCGAAAGUCGCACCCCGAGCAACAAGCCCUCGGUAGCCGUCUGUGCGCACGCCUCGUCAAGAGCUCCGCCCCGGACUUCAACCACGCAGACACGCUGCUCUCCCUUGCCGUCGACUUUGCCAAUUGCAAGUCUCUGCGUGUAGCGCAGCCGUGCUUGACGGCGCUCGCGGAGCUCCUGGACGGGCAAAAGGUGUCGGAUACGACAGAGCACGUGAUUGGUGCCUUGCUGCGCAUCGUACGCAAGCGCAGCUACGCCAUGAACCCGAAACUGCUGAACCUGCUCCUGCACGUUCGCGUGGCGAUGGUCGACGUGCACCGCGAGGACUUGGCCGAGGAGAAGGCGAAGAACAAGCGGUUGAAGAAGGAGGACAAGGAGUUAGCACGGCAGCUGCAGAAGUCGAAGGCACGCCGCGACCGCGCCGAAAUCGCGGCGAAGCAGACCCGCAUUGUCCACCGCAUCUUCGUCAUCUACCUCCGCGUCAUCGAGGCGUCCAAGACGUGCUCGCAGGUGCAUCAAACGAAGAUCUUAGCGCCAACCCUGGAGGGACUGGUGAAGUUUGCGCCGCUCGUCAACGUAGACCUCUACCAGCAGCUGAUGGAGGCGCUGAAGGACCUCGUGAAAGGGGGCGGCACGCGUGCCCGCCGCCACGUCUCCGGCCACGAGGGUAACGGCAGCGAUAGCGACGCAGAGGACGCGUCGGGCGAGGAGACGUUGACGUCGGUCACGACGCGGCUACACGCGUUGGUGGCGGUGGCCACCCUUGCCCAGCGCGACGCCACGGCGACGGCAUCGGAGUGGCGGGUGGACUUGAGCUACUUCCACGAGGUGCUCUUCCGCUGCCUUGGCGAGGCGCUCGAGAUGCCCGUGGCGGAGUCGUCAUCGUCGGCCAAGAUGACGCGCGAGGAGGCGGACGAGGCGUCAAAUGGAGACGCGGAUGAGGUGGCGUCGCAGGGCUCGACAUCCUCUGCCGGCUCGCUCUCUUCGCAGGCCUUCUCGAUCGCGAACUCGAUGGCACAGGGCGACUUUGUGCAGCAGAAUGCGAGCCGGGAGUGGACUUUUCACGUCGGCCUCGUGCUGCGUGCGGUGGAUCUGCUGGUGCUCACGCAGAAGCACCUGCCCGUUGCCCGCGUGACGGCGAUUCUGCGCCGACUGAUGCAGGCGACGCCGUCGUGUCCGCCGCACAUCGCCAUGGCCAUCUUGUCCCUUUGCCACCGCCUCGUGCUGCGCUACCCACUCGCUGGCGGAGUCAUUGUCGGCGGAAGCGACAACGUCAUUGCCGGCCGCGGCGCCUACAACCCGGAAGCGCUGCAGACGGUGUCCGCCAACGCCGACAGCAGUUUUACCUGGGAGGUGAGUCUGCUCACCCGCAGCUACCACCCGACGCUACGGCAGGUGGCGGAGACGUUUUGCAGGCACUACGCAAAGGUGGCGAAGCACCAGCACGGCCAGGCAGCUGUGGCAACGAAGCAGUUGGACUCCUUAGGCCCCUACGAGGUGAUGGAGGAGUACGACCCCUCCCUCGGCGACCUUAAGCCACCGGCGCCGCUGCCCGCUGCCAUGAAAGCGGAGCUGCGGAAGCGUAAGCGUGAGGAAACGGAGGCGUAG